AUGGCAAACAGUUGGGCUGCACAUCGCGAACUAUCCAGGAUGAAGUGGUUGAUAAAAUCUGGCUUUCUGCUCACCCUCUUGCUGGUGGAUCGUGGCCGAGCCGACGAAGACCUAGUGGUGGCACCCAACCCAGGUGAUGAUGGCAAUGCUGAAGACGAUAUUUCCAUCAAGUAUGACAUGUACAACAGCAGCAUCAACAUCUGUGAAAAUGUGGCAGAUGAAGUCUAUUUGCCCUAUGUGGACGACUGCGAUAAGUACAUCGAGUGUCAGAAUGGCAAGAUAGCUAAAAUCGGCAGCUGCCUGGAGCUAGAGAGGGCAACUCCAACCCUCUGCCUUGAGGAGGGUAAGUCCUGCAAUCUGGGAUUCGACCCGGUGUUCCAGGUGUGCACCUACAGGAGCAAGGUUCAGUGCCUGCCCACCUGCGAGAGUUUUGCUCUAAGUAGCUUCUGUUACGACAACACCUGCACCAAAUAUGUUCUAUGUUACUACGGACGCCCUGUGCUCCGGCAGUGCCACGACCAGCUCCAAUACAACAAUAUGACCGACCGCUGCGACUUUCCCCAGUUCGUGGAUUGCGUGGCCAAUGAUUGCUCCGCUACCAACAACCCGAACAACAUCACCUACAUAGCCAGCAAGGCCUCCUGCAGCAAGUACUUUGUCUGCUCCAAUGGCCGACCCUGGGAGCAGGAGUGCUCUGCCGGUCUGCUGUACAACCCCGAGUGCCAGUGCUGUGACUAUGCCAAGAAUGUGGAGUGUUCGAUUGAUGCCACGGCCAGGAAUAUUAAGCCCUAUUCCCGCUCUCCUCUUCGCCGAGCUGACAUCCAGUGUCCCCAGGUGGGAAUCCACUUUUAUCCGCACAAGUAUCGCCAGGAUGCCUACUACUACUGCGUUGAUGGCCGUGGAGUCACCUUGGACUGCACUCCGGGCCUGCACUACGAUCCCAAGGUGGCGGAGUGCCGCGAGCCGCAAAACGUGGGUCUUUGA